UUGACGAACUGUCAUGGCGUAAAAGUGUACAAUUUUUGUGCACAGUAAAACAAAAAUAAUGAUUCUCAGACGUAAUUAUAUACGUUCUUAUACUAAAAACUCAUGUUAUAAAACAAAAAUAUCAUGAUUAACGUGUGUUCAAUAAAUUUAUAAGUGUGUGAGCGUUAAAAUGGACAAGAAAAAUGCCAUUAGGAGAGCCAAAAGGCCGUCCAAAGUGCUCGAGGAAAACUAUUGGGAUUGUAGCGUUUGUACAUACAGGAAUAACGCAGAGGCCUUUAAAUGUUCCAUGUGCGAUGUCAGAAAAGGCACGUCGACGCGCAAGCCGCGCAUCAACCCGGCGCUGGUGGCGGCGCAGGCGGCCGGCACCGCGCCAACCAGCUCGCAGAAACGGCCGCGAUCAGCCAACUCGCUCAAGAAGAAGCGACGCCACCCGCCGAGGCUUAGCAACGUGGAUCGCAGUUCCGCGCAGACUAGAGAAGUAACCGUAAGCGGCGUGACAGUAGUAAUAACAGAAUACAAACCGAAGAAAUCUGUUUCGAGCAGUUCUAGUGACGUGGAGUCUUCCAACGACGCGCGGCCCUGAUCUCCAGAUAUAACUAAUACGGAAUUAACUCAUGGAUCCUUGAUGCUUGGGUG